AUGGGUUCCAAAACGAAGGGUAUUAUUGUCCAGUCUGACAGUAAUGAAAAAUUGGAAACUGAGGAGAAGUUAAAGGAGGAGAAAGUGAAAAAAGAGAAGGAUGUUAAAGGUGAAACAAAGGGUAAAGAAGUAAAAGAUAGUAAAAAGGAUGAAGAGGUUACCACACUUUCUAAUGUUGAAGAAAAAAAGAGAUUUGAAUUUCUGGAAGCAGUGAGCGGUAUGAUGGAUGCCCAUCUUCGUUACCUCAAACAGGGAUAUGAGCUUUUGCAUCAGAUGGAGUCGUAUAUAAAUCAGGUGUUGACAUAUGGUCAACAAUCUCAAGAGAGAUCAAAUUAUGAGCAAGCAGCUCUGAACGAAAGAAUGCAAGAGUACAAAAGACAAAUUGAUCGGGAGAGCAGACAUGAACUACAUUUACAUGCAAGAUUUUGUAAUUCUUCUCUAACCCUUGCUAAGGCAAUGCUGUUGCAAGACCCGGGCCCAGGGGGUAGUGAUUCAAUCUCAAUCUCAUCAAUGGCAGCCGUAGCAGGCACCAGUGAAGUGCAAGGACUUGGCAUGGAGGAAUUCCAUGGGUGCACCCUCCUCCAUCUUGCUUGUGAAACUGCAGAUAUUUGGAUGAUUGAGCUGCUCUUACAGUAUGGUGUAGCUGUGCUUUCUGGAAAUAGAAACUUUGAAUUGCGUGUUCACCCACUAACAAGAGCCAAUUACUUGGCUUCACCUCCCUUGGUUGUAGCUUACGCACUUAUCGGCACGUUAUGUGGUAGUAAUCCUUCUGAGGGGGUGUUUGUUGGGCUGCUUCUUUCAAUGUCAUUAACAACAGUGUUGUUUCUUCCAUCAUAUGUUUUGGUUUAUAUAAUAGCUCGAGGAAAGAAGGAAGGAUUGAAAGAUAAGGAACCUGGGACACCCAAAGAUCUGAAGAAGGAUGCAAAAUUAGAAAAAGAGAAAGUGCCUGAAUCUGAUGAGUCAGCAUCAAAACUAAAAGAAAUGGCAAAAGAUAAAGUCAAAGAACCUGAAAACGUAGGAGUUCAUAUUAAUGCAGUAGAUAUAGAGAAGACAAAUGUGGUUGAGACACCUGGCGAAGGGAAUAACUCUGUAGAAAAGAAAACUGGUAGUGGAAAAAAGAAAAUUAUCAGAAAAGUUAUAAAAAAGAAGGUUGUUAAAAAAGAUAAAGCAGGAGACACAACCAAACAAACUGAUACAUUAUUAGAUUCCAAGAAUGUGGGAGAGACUUCUACAGAGACAGAGACUGCAGUUAUAAAAAAGGUUCAUGUGGUGAAAUCUGUUAAGAAAGAAGAUGUAGGGACACAAUCUGAAGUGACACCUGUCAAAGAGAAAGAGAGUUCUGAAAUCAAGCCAAAGAGUGCAGAUACAGAAAGUCUUACAAGUGUGAAAAAAACUAAAAAAGAUGAAAAGAAAGGUAAAAUGGGUUCCAAAACGAAGGGUAUUAUUGUCCAGUCUGACAGUAAUGAAAAAUUGGAAACUGAGGAGAAGUUAAAGGAGGAGAAAGUGAAAAAAGAGAAGGAUGUUAAAGGUGAAACAAAGGGUAAAGAAGUAAAAGAUAGUAAAAAGGAUGAAGAGGUUACCACACUUUCUAAUGUUGAAGAAAAAAAGAGAUUUGAAUUUCUGGAAGCAGUGAGCGGUGAUCAUGCAGUCUGCUUCAAAGGGCAAGGUUCAAACCAUUCGCCAAGGAUAUCUUUCCAAGGCUCUGGCAGUCAAAUAUCUGGUCAGAGGAAUAGCUCUGAACUCGGUCAUGGCCUGCUGAGUCGUUGGCUUUCUUCUCAUCAUCACCAUGGUGGAGGCGGAGUACAUGAUGAGAAAUCUGUUGCUCAUCACACUGUUAACCUCUUGACUUCAACUUUGAAGCAGACAUGA